AUGGUGCUACGCAAGAAGGAGGUCUAUACGACCAUCACGCCCAUUCCGGGCUUUAUUCCUCGCCAACUCGCCAUCGAUAUCCUCCACUCACACUCCGAGGUCAUAACAUUAAAUCCGCUCGUCCUUGACCACAAGGCGAUUCCCGCACCGCGCGAUGCCGCCUCGGACGAGUUCUAUAGCACCUGGUACGAGAUCACGGAGCGCAUCCAGUACAUACCUGGCAUUGGUAAGAUGGGCUCGGGAAAGAUCAACUUCAACGGCUGCUUCCAUGACAUGCCUUGGGGUUUGCAGACGCACAUAUAUGCUCCGAUGAACGUCGACUUGCGAAACAAGUACCGCAUCGCCGGUAACCAGCCUGGCAUUGAACCCCCUGAGCCACCGGAGAUUGGUAUGGCCCAGCUUGGAGUUCCUAGCGACGGCCUUUAUCUGCGAGAAGACAUCGAGAUUAAGUGCAACUUGGCUGUGGUCGGGUUUGUGAAGGCAGAGCUUAAGAAGGCGAGCAAGGAAAUGGUCCAGCGCAUCAUCAAGAAGGCCGAGUUGCUGGACGCUGGAGUGCUGCAAGGAAUGAUUGAGGAUGGGAAGCUCAAGACCAUUAACCCGGCCGACAGGUCAAACACGGUUAGGUCGGCCAACAACCACAGGACCAUUGGCACCUCGCCUUCGCUAAUGGCCGGCAUUGGUUCACCACAACCCAGCCCGACCAUGUCUCACCACAGCACGCAUGCCAGUCCGGCCAUCCCUUACACAAUACCUCGACCACAGUCCACAAUGUACGGCAGGCCAGGAACGGCAGGGUCGGCUGCCGCCGGAUACGCGUCGCCUCCGCAAAGCUUCGCCCAUGAGCUCUGUUCCGGACAGAAAGCCUCCACCCCACAACAGGAGAUCAUUAUGGAGCUGCCAGGUGACUUCUAUCACCCUACGCAACAGUCCCCACGUCUUCCGCCACCAGGGCAGCAGCAAAGCCAAGGAUCUCCUCGUGGAUCACUCGCCUCGUCUUCACCACCACCUUCGGCAGGCCUCAGCAGCGACAAGCAUGUGUCUUCUAUUUCCUCACAGGGGAGGUGGUCGGAGCAGCAAAAUUCGGUGUCGCGGCCAAAUUCUUUCAUGAAUGACCUUGGCGCCGACCAAAAGGCGAGCUUUACGUCGGAACUAAGCACGCACAACGAGACUACCGAUGAACUCAACCGCGACAACACACUCAAGGUGCUGGAUGGGUCACUAAAGACGCCACCUCUGCCAUCUCAGCAGGCUCAACAACCACAAGCCCCAAAAGGCUAUACUUAUAAUCCGGCUGAUUAUGCCAAAGUGUCACCGCCGGUGCAGUCCACCCCUAAGUUUCCCGGGAAUGGAGGCUACGCCAAUGCGUACAAUCAGCAACAGCAGCGGUACGGGUAUUAG